AUGGCGGGGGUCCCUGAACGCAAGAAGCCGGACAUGCAACGCAAUCCAGCCGGAGAGCCAGCCAUGGCAUUGGACUUCAUAAAGCGAGCGAUCAAGUCUAGAUUAUUACCGAUCAACGAAGAUGGGGAACUUCGGCAAUUCCGAGCCGAAAUCGCGUUCCAAGGAGACCUGCGCGAGUAUGUGCGCCUCCAGGGCCAGGCAUCGGGAGAGAAGAAGAGACUGUCGAACAUCAUCAGCUUCACCUCCGCCGGCUCGAAUGUGGAUGCGCUGGCGCUUCCUACUAGCAAGUACGUAUCGGACACUUGGAAGCAGGAGGGGGUCAACCUUCUCCGGAUGAUAGAGAAGGCCUUGGAUGAUACCAAGAACCAGGGGGUUUCCGGCUUCCUGUCGCAAAAGAGCCAUGUUUCAGUCACCGUUCAUGACAAAUAUCUGUUCCUCAAGAUCAAGGGAGAAAAGGAUUCUUUCCCCACGAUUAUCGAGCAAGUGUGCUGGGUUGUCAGUGUCGCAGGCAGGACGUCCAUCUCUUUGCUUGAGAAAUACGCCAGAGAGACAAAUGGCGGAAAGAAAACACGCGGUUACGCGGAGACUCUGCAUGCCGGAAAGCCUAUUAUAACAGCCGGACCCGACGGUCGCUUCGAGGUGUCGUUUAGGCCUCGCCCUCCGGAAAUUCACGACAACCACGGCGCCGUUGCAAGAACAGGCAACUGUUGGAAGACCAUGGCUGGGCUGUCUAUCGUCGCAGAUGGUUAUAGGAUCCCAAAGAGGCCGACGCAGGGCUCUGGCCUCGAGGCUCCUUUGUCCGUCCUUCGCCAGCUAUUCAGGCGAGGCUGCCCAGGGAAACGCGUCGUGCCCUUGGACAAGCCCAUGGUCAUGAUUCCUACAGAAGUUGGCAAAGACAAUGAGGCUUGCCAGCUGCGACUGCUCAUGGCCGUCGGGGCUCAAAAGUGCACUCAGGGUAAUGCUGUCUAUUGGCAUUUUCACCCGGCAACACUCUGCAACUCGUUGGCAUCAUGCGAGCAGCUAGAGAAGGAAAUCGGUGUCAGUCCGUCGAUGCUCGACCCCCAGUCACGACAUUUUGUUGGGUGGAGCAGCAAAGCGGGGUUCUUGGCAGGCACAUCCAAGACUAACGACAUCGUCUUCAAAUCCAAGUUAACCGUCCUGGAGCACUACAAAUUAGCCAUAACAUCAGCGAGUCUGAAUUUUCGACUCCCUCUAGUCUUUUCUCUGGGCGUAACAGUCGCGACAGAAAGAGUGGACAACCCCACAUCUGCCGAAACGAUGUACUCUGAUGCCGGCUCAGCACUUCAUGCUCUCAAAUACCGUUUUUUUGUUCUCUGGGACACAAAAGACGAACGCGGCUGGCUGGUAAACGGCCCCGUCGCCGCGCUACAAGUUCUUCGCUCAUAUCUCAAGGACCGGGAGGCAAUUUUUGACUUCUCCAAAUUGAAUCACAUCAACGAUGAAACCCCCUCAGCGGCAUAUGAUUUGCUUCGUGACGAAGAGAACAUGAAAAUGGUUGUAUUCCCAAAAUCGAAGGAUGUCACAGAGAAGCCCGAAGCUGGAGAAUCAUCCGAGGAUGCCAAGGAAACCACCUUUGAACAUGUGUCCUUUAACGUCUACAAGGUUCUCCUCCAGUUGAGCAAGAUCACCAUUGAGACGAGUGGAAAGAGUGGUAACAAUAUCCCCGACUGGUUCCACACAUGGGUGGGGAAACGAUGGGAUUCCACUGUCAGGGGCUGGGACUUCACGCGCAUUUACCACAGUUACGAACCACAGGUGUUCUUGAAGAAGUUCCACACGGAUCCUGGCUGGCUUGACCUCACUAGAGGACUGCAGGCGUGCUUUCUAUUUGGACGUUCCUUUGGCGAGAUCAUGCAGCCGCGUGACGGUCAAUGCUGCCCUUACUUCAAGACACUUCCAAAGGGCGAGAAUUAUCUUGCUGUCGGUAUGAGCACCAUUCAAACGUGUGCCAAUGAUGAGGGGGCGGCAGCGGAGGCCACCGACACAGUGGCUAAACUAGCCCCCAGAGUUGCCUGGGAACGUGAUGUAAACCCCUUCAACCACACACACGGUCAAGGCGAUCAUCUGGAUAAAGUUGAUCCCAGCUGCUUCCCGGUCCAAAGGCUAGUGAAAAUCCGCGACAAUGGCAACGACGAGAAGAAAGACAAGGAUGUUUUGAGAAAGAGCAAGGGCCGGCUAUACUCGUGGAAGGAGGUUGACGAAAUGAACACGCCAGCCGAGGACAAGAACAAAAAGACCAUCGAAAAAUCGCUCAAGACUGGCGUGGUGGUGUUUGGGAGAAAGCCUGACGCAACCAAACUGAGACAGCUUGCCCAGGCCAAUGCCCCUGCCACAGUUGGCUCACUGUCCAAGACGCCCACUCAGCAGGCACAGGCCGCGGAAACGCAGCGACCAUCCAGCAGCCACAGCUUGAAAUCAAACACAUCGGCCAGGGAUCCCAGAAGUACAGGACCACCUACGAAGGGACAGCCCUCGGGUACCCCUGCUGGGCGAGCACCAAGCGUCACUAGCAUCAAGAGCACCCAUCCGAGCACUCAACGCAAAGCCCCAGAUGCUAGUCCCGGUGUUGAACGACCUCAGGCGGCAACCACCCCUCAAGCACCCCCAGCUUCGGCACAGAGAACGCCCAGCGUCAGCAGCGUCACGAGUACUGCCUCGAAAACUCACCCCAAGGCACCAUUCACUGUCACUAACGCAGGGCAAGCUCAGACCGGCCAGGAAACCCAGCAACUCCAGCGUGAGGACGACAAGUUCGGUCGACUCCAAGGCUACAGGGGGCUCAAACCGCCAGGUACCAGCCGGGCAGCCUCCCACCCCGUCUUUGAAGAAGACCAGUACCGGUUCUUCUGA